AUGUUUGGAGAGAGAGAGAGGGCAGAGACGCAGAUCGUGAUGCGACAGACGCCGUACGAGUACUCGCUAAUCCGUUUCGUUUUUGAGUGUUCCGCGCCAGCCGGUGGUGAGGAAGUAAAGCUACCUGUAGAUAUCGAUCGUCCCGAUGACGUCAGUCAACAUAAGCCGAUCGAUAAAGUGUCCUGCCGCGAUUUCGACUAUGUUGGCGUCGUUUUCGUAUUGGCACGUAGCCAACCGCGUGACUCCUCAUCCGAGUGA